AUGGGUGCGCAAGCGGUAGGGGUGAGUGAGUGUGAGAGUGGGACGGGUUCUGAGAUGUCUGGUAAGGCAAGGAUGGGUGGACAAGAGUUGAGGGUGGAUGGGAGUGGGGGGUGUGCAGGUGUUGGGAUGGGUCUUGAUACACAAAAGGGGUGGCAGUUGGAGGAGGAGGAGGAGGAGGAGGAGGAGGAGGAGGAGGAGGAGGAGGAGGAGGAGGAGGAGGAGGAGGAAGAGGAGGAGGAGGGAGGAGGGGGGUACUCUGUCAGAAAGGUCUGCAAGAAAAGCCUUUCUCCUUCCGGCUUUUCUGAUGGGGAGAUGGAAAAAGAGGGGGAUAGGGAGGAGGGGAAAGAGGAGGAGGAGGAAGAGGAAGAGGAAGAAGAGGAGGAUGAGGAGGAGUGUACUCCAAUCGCUACGCCUGUGGCAUUUUCCCGGUCCAGAAUCCUUCUCUCUGUGUGCCCACCGCCAGGGCCAGGGCAGCCGAAAGAGUCCAGGUUCAAUGUACCCGGAAAGGAGGAGAGGAAGAAAAUGGGUGCUGGGGAAAAGGAGGGGCAAGAGAAGGGUGUACGGUUUGUCAUCCCAAGCAGGAGGGCUAGGGGGGUUUCAGGAGCCUCUGCUGCUACCGCUGGUGCUGUUUCAGGUGGUGCUGUUUCAGGUGGUGGGAGCAUUAGCAAGCCCAGGCACAGGCAGUGCCAGUCGUUUUCCGGCUUUGACUUUGGCUUGAUUGCGAAUGGACAGACGUUCAAUGUACCUGGACAGGAAGAGAGGGGAAACAAGGGUGGUGGGGCAAAGCAAGGGCAAGAGGGGGGAGCACGGAAAGAGGGGGUGGGACGAGAAGAGGGUGUGCAGGCCAGCAAAGCACGGCUUGCUGUCGCAAGGGGAAACACGGGGGGUUCUGCUGUUGCUGCUGCUGCUCCUGGUGGUGCUGCUGGUGGUGGUGGGGUUUUGGGCGGUGAGGAUUCAGGUGGUGGGGUGUCAGCAGGUGAAAUUUCAGGUGGUGGGAUGUCAGCAGGUGAAAUUUCAGGUGGUGGGGUGUCAGCAGGUGAAAUUUCAGGUGGUCGGGGCAGUGGCAAGCCCAGGCACAGGCAGACCAAAUCGUUUUCCGGCCUUGACUUUGGAUUGAACGAGUGGGAUAUGGGGGAGAGCAGGGAGGGAGGGAGAAGAGAGGGGAUAGCGAGCAGAGGGGGUAGAGAGGAGGGCUCUAGCGGUUGGGCGAGAAGGAACCAAGGAGAGAGAGAGGAGCAAGGGGGUUUGUCACUUAGAGUAGCGAAGCUUGCAGUUGGGGUGAAAGGAAGGGGAGGAGAGAGAAGGGGGGAUGGAGGAAGGAGGGGAGGGGGAGGAGGAGGGGAGCUUCCAAGCUUGCUGUCACCACGAGCAAUGCCGAUUGCUUCUGGGGUGAAGGGAGGGGGAGCAGAAAUAGAGAUGGAUGGAGGAGGGAGAAGGGGAGUGGAAGAAGGUCGAAGAGAGAAGGAUGGGAAAGGGAAUGGGCAAGAAGGGGUGGGAAGGGAAGGAGGAGAGGGCAACGGAGGGAAGGGAAAGGUAGAUGAGGUGCGGCGAGUGGCAGUCGGUGGCGGCAGCAGCAGCAGCAGCAGCAGCAGCAGCAGCAGCAGCAGAGGCACAGGCGUUGGCAGGAGCAUCGGUACGGUCACUGGUGGGAGUAUGGAUAGGAUUAGGGACGGAGAUAGCUUGAGCAAGGACAUGAGGGAGAAUAUCGGUCGGAGCACCAGCUAUGGGUCUGGCAGCCUUGCCACAUCCUACCCCACCGGUAUCAAAUCCCCAACCGGGAUCAAAUCUCCCACCGGGAUCAAAUCUCCCACCGGGAUCAAAUCUCCCACCGGGAUCAAAUCUCCCACCAGAGGAGCGGAAGGAAUAGGGGUACCCAAGUCUCCUCGGGGAAUGGGCAGGAGGAGCAUCGUGCCUUGGACACCUCCCACUCAAGGCCUUCUCAGCAAGAGCCUCAACUCCCCACGAGCAGCAGCAGGAGGGGACACAGCGGCACCCAAGUCUCCCCGAGGUGGAGGAGGAGGAGGCGGAGGGUUGUGGAAACGGGGAGAAGCAGCAGCCGCAGCAGCAGCAGCAGCAGCAGCACGGGAAGGAGCAGGGGGAGCGGCAGGGGGAGCAGCAGGGGGAGCAGCAGGGGGAUCAGCAGAGGGAGCAGCAGGAUGGGACUCAGGUGUACCCAAGUUGCCUCGAGAGGGGGCUGUGAAGGGAGGGAGUGGGAAGGAAGGAGCAGCAGAGGCGAUGGCGAGACACAACGAGGCCUUGCGCCCUGCUGGUUCGGCCACCCACACACCUGCUGACUCAGCAGCACACACCCCUGCUGGUUCGGAUGAUGACAGCAGCCCUCGCAAGCAGAGACCUGCUAGGCUUCGCCGGAUGGGAGAUCAGCAGCAGCAGGGGCAGCGGCAGCAGAAGCAGCAGCAGGGGCAGCAGCAGCAGCAGCAGCAGCAGCAGCAGCAGCAGCAGCAGCAGCAGCAGCAGCAGCAGCAGCAGGGAGAGCAGGUACAGGGAAGAGUAGGCGGAGCAGAUCAGAGGGUGCUGUGUUCUGGACGAGUGGGAUCAGAAGGAGCGAGAGGUCGGGCACGGGUGGCCCGGCCGAACCUGGAGAGCGUGCAGGCGUCGUGGGUGCAUGAGGAUCCCGAGGAUGACUCUGAGUAUGCUGGGUGGGGUGCCACUCCCAAGGAAGGGAAGGCAGCAGAAGCGGGGUUUUGA